AUGGGCGCGCAAGGGAGCCGCCCUCCCGCCGGACCGGCCCUGUCCUCCAGCCCUGCCAAUGAGGCGGCUGGCAGCCACGGUGGACAUGGUGGUCGUUUGCAGCAGCAGCAGCAGCAGCAGCAGCAGCAGCAGCAGCAGCAGCAGCAGCAGCAGCAGCAGCAGCAGCAGCGGUAG